CUACAUGCAGAUACCUCUUGUUAUCAAUCAAAUUCAUUUAUUCAAAAUCUCUUCAUCGACGCUUCCAAUCGUUCAGUUCUUCUUCUUGCAAGAUUAGUCCCAGUAAUUAAUGGGUUGUUUGUAUUUUCUUAGAAAGGACACAAUGGAAGAAAAGAUUAAUAAGGAGCACCAGGUUUGCACAUCCGAUGGAGCUAUUGAUAGCCAUGGUCAUCCUGCAGUUCGAAAGAAAACGGGUGACUGGGUUGCUGCAAUUUUGAUUUUAGUGAAUCAAGGGCUUGCUACUUUGGCAUUCUUUGGAGUUGGAGUGAAUUUGGUACUGUUUUUGACGAGAGUGAUGGGUCAAGAUAAUGCUGAAGCAGCCAACAGUGUGAGCAAGUGGACAGGGACGGUUUACCUCUUCUCUCUUCUUGGAGCCUUUCUUAGUGACUCUUACUGGGGAAGGUAUAUGACCUGUGCCAUCUUCCAGGUCAUAUUUGUUAUUGGUUUGGUGUCAUUAUCACUAUCAUCUUACAUAUUUCUACUGAAGCCUAGUGGUUGUGGAAAUAAAGAGUUACCAUGUGGAUCACACUCAUCAUACCAAACGAUUUUAUUCUAUGUUUCCAUAUACCUAAUAGCUCUAGGAAAUGGAGGAUACCAACCUAACAUUGCUACAUUUGGGGCUGAUCAAUUUGAUGAAGGAGAUCCCAGGGAACAACAUUCAAAAAUUGUAUUUUUCAGCUAUUUUUAUUUGGCUUUGAACAUUGGGUCACUCUUCUCCAACACCAUAUUGAAUUAUUUUGAGGAUGAUGGACUAUGGACUUUGGGGUUCUGGGCUUCAGCUGGCUCUGCUGCUCUGGCAUUGAUUUUGUUUCUUUGUGGCACACGAAGGUAUAGAUACUUUAAGCCUAAUGGAAACCCUCUUCCUAGAUUUUGCCAAGUUUUUGUGGCUGCUACAAGAAAAUGGAAGGCCAAGGUGCUACAAGAUGAUAAACUUUACGAGGUUGAUGAAUUCUCAACCAAUGAAGGGAGAAAAAUGCUCCACACCGAAGGAUUCAGGUUCUUAGACAAAGCAGCAUUUAUCACAUCAAAGAAUUUCAAACAAAUGGAAGAGAGUAAAUGCAGUCCAUGGUAUCUAUCCACUGUGACACAAGUAGAAGAAGUGAAAUGCAUACUAAGACUACUCCCAAUUUGGCUAUGCACCAUAUUGUACUCAGUUGUUUUUGCUCAAAUGGCGUCACUUUUUGUGGAGCAAGGUGAUGCCAUGGACACCAGAAUUUCAAGGUUCCACAUUCCUCCAGCAAGCAUGUCCACCUUUGACAUUCUAAGUGUAGCUGUUGUCAUCUUCAUUUAUAGGCGAGUUCUCGACCCUCUCGUGGCUAGAACAAUGAAAUCAAAAGGACUCACUGAGCUUCAAAGGAUGGGAAUUGGCCUAGUCCUAGCAAUUAUGGCCAUGGUCUCAGCAGGAUUGGUAGAACACUUUAGGCUAAAGAAUGCAAUAGAAGAUUGCAAUGAAUGUGAAGGGUCUAGUUCGCUUUCCAUAUUUUGGCAAGUGCCACAAUAUGUGCUUGUGGGAGCAUCAGAGGUUUUCAUGUAUGUGGGUCAAUUAGAGUUCUUCAAUGCACAAACACCUGAUGGAUUAAAGAGCUUUGGUAGUGCACUUUGCAUGACUUCAAUAUCACUAGGAAACUACGUUAGUAGCUUGCUUGUUGCAAUUGUGAUGAAGAUUUCUGCCACUGAUGAGAUGCCAGGAUGGAUCCCAGGAAACUUGAACAAAGGACAUUUGGAUAUGUUUUACUUCCUCUUAGCAGCACUCACUGCAGCAGACCUUGUAAUUUAUGUACUAAUGGCUAGGUGGUAUAAAUAUAUCAAAUUUCAAGGGAACAAUGAUAAUGGCAUCAACAAAGAAGACCCUGAAGUAGGACUGUAGAUAAACUACAGGGGAAUAGUGGACUCUUUGCUGUGACACUAGAGAAAUUCAAUUUUGCAUUUCGCCUAGUGGAGCAAAGAUACUACGAAUUGAUUGUGUUGGUGUAUUAUAAAUAAAAUUGUUUUAUAUAUUAGAAAAUAUAUUUAUUUUGGUGCAUA